UUCGGAACAGAGAGCUAGAAAUUGAGAGAGGAGAGACAAAAAGAGAGAAAAGCAGAGUAGGCUAGAUGGUGGCCUGGGCUCUGGAGGCUGGUGUAACUACUGGAGAGUUGUUACGUGGCGGUGUCUAGAUGUAUAACUUCAUCUAGUUGUGUUGUGUAGUUUAUUGUAUAGGUGCAGUGUGCGUUUAUGGAUUGGUUGACUGUGGAAAAUGAACUUCUCCUCUGUAAUGUAUGUUCUCUUGACUAGAGCUCUCAUAGCAGGUGUGUGUGAGGCCCUGAACGUGACCAUGACCCCUGGGCCGGUUGUCAUGGUUACAGAGGGUGAGAACCUGACCCUGUCCUGCCUCGUCUCCCAGAAGAAGAGGAGCAACAGUUUCCUCGUCCUCCGAUGGCUCUUCUCUCCUCCAUCCUCUUUCUCUCCUCUCCCUCCAUCCCCCUCUCCUCCUCUUCCUGAACAGCUGAUUGUGAAGUUGACCAUGAAGAAGAUAAAGAUCUAUGGGAACUACAGUCGCCGGUUCCCCCAGCCCAAGUUCCAUCUGUAUGAGGAGAGAGAGGGGAGAGAGGGAAGGACAGAGGAGGGAGAGGAGUAUGGACUGCUGGUUCUGAAUGUGACUCGAAGGGACCGAGGAUUCUACACCUGCAGGGUCCAGGAGAUACGGAGACACAGAAACAGCUGGAAGGCUUCGUCUAAUGGCACCUCUACAGCCCAGCUCACUG